CUCUAACUCAAGGUCACUCACCAUUAGCUCGUCGCGAGGGUUUAACGUCAAUUCACCCCGAGAAUGAACUGGGUUUCUUAUUACGACAAACUUGAGGGAUGGGUUAGAGAGCAGUAUGAUGGUAUAGACAGUUCUCGAAGGCGUCUUGAAAAUUCUCUACUUGAGCAACAGAAAUACUUAAGCGCAAAUGCACUUGCCCUUAAAAAGUACAAACAUGAGAUGGGGUUAUUGCAGUCAUUGUACUCUCGUAACAACACUAACGUCAGCAGCAGUUCUCAGUCAGAUGGACAGCAAAGUGCACACUCUCGACGUUACAUAAUACCUCAUCCUUGCCGUCGAAUUGCAGCUGAGUGCAUAGAUAUCACAAUAAUGAUGGUACUAAAACUGGUCAUGUUGUAUUUUAUCAAGAACGAAUCGAGUAUUGUGGAGCUUGCUAAAGGUAUUGGUUCGGAUAUUCUAUCUGGUGUCCCAGAAUACCGAACUCUUCGACGUGCACAUGGAUGGGCAAAGUCGGAGUUCAGCGGUAAAGAAUUUCAAGUAUCAAGCGUUUGGAGGUUAUUUUUCUUCGCCCAUAUGGGUGCAAGGGAAGAAUUUUUGGAUUUCGAAAUGAUCAUCCUGGCUGACCAGAUAGGGCGAUUUUUAAGCGCCCUCUUAGAGGCAUUUUUAAUUCGACGCUCAAUUUUCGGAUCUGAUCCAGGAGGUGCAACUUUGGGAAAAUGGUUAAUGAACCUUAAGGUGGUUUCAUGUGAAGAGAUCAUAGCUUUUCCAGAUGUUGUAGAGGUAGUUCCAGGAGCGGAUGUGGGCAUUAUUAGAGCACUCGUACGUUCGUUGUUGAAGAGUACAAGCUUCCUUACUUUCUUUUCAUUUGUCUGUAUGAUGGUAUUUCAAUAUCAUCGAUGUACUUAUGAUAUUAUUGCUGGGACUUUGGUAGUUCAACCUAUCCCACCAUCUGAUCGAUCAGAUAGUCAGAAUGAACAAAGACAACAACAACAACCUCAGCAACAAUAAUAAAAGCAUCGAGAUUUACUGUCGGAUCUGUAUAGUUUUCAUAAUAAUUUACUCACCGUACGGUAUAUCAAUCAGUGAAAAAUCACCUAAACUGUACUAUAUACAGCACUUCACUGUAAAAAUAUGCAUCCUUAUUGGAUGUUCCUUGUGUAUCAUGUGAAAUUCCACUCGUUGAUGUUCCCCUUAAGAGCCUUCAUUUCUUUUCAUGUCAUAUUCCAAAUUUUAUGCUAUCCGAAGUUCAUUAGAACCAGGAGUUUUUUGAUUUUCAAAAAAGUCAUGUUACUUUGUUGUUUAUUUGAUUUUUAAUUACCACUAAUGUAUCUUCACUAAAACAGAAAAUAGCCAUCAGAGUUUACGCUAGAUGAA